CACGCCGCUUCCUUUGGGUUUGGGUUGAAGAAACACAGGAGGGGCGGUGCUAGUACUUUUCCCAAUCUGUCAUGCAAGCUUUAAAAAAUAUAUAUAUAAGUUGCUUCACCACUCCAAUAAGGGAACUUAAGGUGACGCUAGUCGGAGGAAGCUGCACUAGCAUCUUGGAUCUACUUCUGACAGCUCUCACAUCUUCUUCACAAGGCUCUCGUCAGUAACCAGUCACCACUCACUCUCACACGAUGGCGGACCCGUGGGAGAGCGCUUACGACUUCGCAGUUCAAGUUGCCAGAGCGGCUGGAGCGGUCAUAAGGAAGGCCGGGGAGGACGAAAUAAAGGUCCGGACCAAGAGCUGCGCCGUAGACCUCGUCACUCAGACCGACGAGAGGGUGGAAAAAAUCAUCAUCGGGUCUCUGAAGGAACAAUUCGGAGAUGGCUCACACUGUUUCAUUGGAGAAGAGUCCGUCUCAAAGGGGGAGCCGUGCAACUUGACCGAUAAGCCCACGUGGAUCAUCGACCCGGUGGACGGCACCACGAACUUCGUCCACGGAUUCCCGUUCGUGGCUGUGUCCAUUGCCUUUGCGGUCAAUAAGGAGCUGGAGUUUGGUGUGGUGUACAGCUGCUUGGAAGAUAAAAUGUACAAAGCAAGGAAGGGGAAGGGAGCUUUCUGCAACAACGAGCAGAUCCGUGUGUCCGAUGUAAAAGAUAUCAAUAAGUCCAUCAUCCUCUUGGAGCACGGAACCGACAGGAGCAUCGAGAAAGUCACCAAGAUCUUCUCCACCAUGCAGAAGAUCCUCCGCAUCCCGGUGCACGGGCUGCGGGGGUCAGGGACCGCCGCCACCAACAUGUGUCUGGUGGCCUCGGGGGCGUCGGAGGCCUUCUUCGAGAUGGGGAUCCACUGCUGGGACAUCGCUGCCGGGGUGGUUAUAGUCCGGGAAGCCGGAGGAAUAAUCCUGGACGUUGAUGGGAAACCGUUCGAUUUGAUGUCCCGGAGGAUGAUGUCGGCAAACAACGACAUUAUCGCUGCGAGGAUCAUGAAAGAAAUUGAAAUAUUCGAAGUGUUGAGGGACGACGCUCCGGUGCCGAAGAAAUGAAGAUAUCCAAAUGCAUUUGAACAAUCCUAAUCCAGCCUACCGCCGUGUGCCGUGAAUAAAGUAUAGUAAUCACCA